CGCCGGCGCCUGUAGAGCACUUAGUUGUGUUUCCAAGACAAGUCAAAAUUCGUUGUGACGCUGUCUCGCAGUCUCGCAGUAGGAUGUGAGCUGGAUGGUUGUGUCUACUUGUCCUUUGUCUUGCAUAACUGCUCUACCUACUGUUAUAAUAUUUUAGCGAUUAUUUCUGGUACAGCUUGCUUGCACUUGUGUGUGCUCGUUGUCCGAUCCAUACGAGUUUAAUUUUUCGAAUCAAUUUAUUAUUCGUAACUUUUUUUCUCGUUUGCUUAUUACGCGCUCAACGGACCCACAUCGGCCAGUCAUCUCGAGUGUCAAAAGAGUGGAACGGCAUUACAUCGUUGUUCGGGCCAACGUCCCUUAACUUCGGCGAGUAACCGUAGCUGCACCGUCGGCUCCGGCGGCGACGGCAACGGGAAAUACCGCCGACACAGAUCAUCCAACCAUGCCACCUCGAUCCGCUAAGAAUCGAGUCCAGGCGGCCCCUAAACGGCCUAAACUGCCGCCUCAAGAUCGGACUCCAUUUGCAAUAGGUGAUACGGUUUGGGCUAAAUGGAACAAAAUUUAUUAUCGUGCAAAAAUACUGAAAGAAACCAAACCAUAUCCUAAUUACUUUACAGUUCAUUUCUGGAAGUUUGCCAAAUCAUGGGACAUGCCGAUACAUGAAAAAUAUUUUUUAAAAUUUUGUAAAGCAAACGAUAAAUACGUCAAAAUUUCCAAUGCACGGAAUUCCAAAAAAAUUAGGGCUAAAGAGAAAAUGAUGAGAGAAAUAGAAAAAUAUGAGCAAGGAAAUAAACCCUUGGUAGUAAUGGAACGUUUGAAUUUUAACCCAGCAUUAUAUACUGUUAUGGUUUCGGAAGAAGGAAAAAUAAAGUUAUUACCUAAAGAUAAAAAUUCGUCUAAUAAUAUACAAACACAGUCUCCUGUUGAAGCAGUCAAAUCAUUUUCUGAAAAUGAAGAAAAUGUUCAAUCACUAUCACAACAAUCAAUAACAUUGGAAGUUAGUGUUGAGAAGAAUCAAGAACCAACUAUAGUUAAUAAAAAUAAUGAUCUUACACAGCUCUUGGAUACUUUUUCAACUAAAGAAAAAAUGGUAAUCAAUGUUUUGGACAACAUGCUAACCAAGUCAAAACUUAACAAUUCUGUCCGAAAUCAUGAAGUUUUUGGUAAACCUGUGGUGCCAGCUGUCGUAAGUUAUGAUGCCUCAGAUUUCAACAACGUCUCUGAGAAAAGCGUGAUCGAAUCUGUCUGUAAUGAGAUUUGUGAUGAUCAACCUAAUAAUCAACAAAUGUUAAUUGACGAUAAUUUUACAUCUAAUAAUAAAUCUAUCUUGAAUGAAUGUAAUACUUCUGAAAUAGUAAGUUUAUCAGAAAUAACAACCACGACAAACAAUAAAAGGAAGACAGAUGACUUUGAAGAAAAAAUUAUUGAUGAUUAUGAUACUAUAAAAAAAAUAAAAUUUUUAAAAAAAAAACCGAUUACAGAACUUUUGGACAACAAUAUUAAUGAUUCUCAUUUGGAAAAAGUUGGAUUGUCAUUAUCAGAAUCAGUAUCAAACAAUAAUGAGAAAAUUGACGAUGAUGUGGCAGAGACUAGUAGAGGUGAUGAUAAUGUUAUAAAAUCAAAAGUACAAAUAGAAUAUGAGCAUAAUACAACAAAAAAAUCAAAGGAUAAAAAUAAUUUUACAGUCGAAGAUACUGUAGUAAAUGACAAUAAUGUUUCACUAUGCAAGUCAACUUUUGAAAAGACAGCUAAUGAUUAUGAAGAUAAGAUUGAAGGUGUUAAAGAUUAUGAAUAUUCUACAUUUAAAGAAACUAAUCAAUUAAAUAGUAAAUAUUUUGAUAAAAUAGCGGUUGAAGCACAAUCAAGUGACAAUGAAAAUAUCUUUUCAAAUGUGACGUAUGAAAAUGUUACAACUACAAAUAAAGAAAAUGAAAUACAGACUAAUGAUAUACAGGAUUUUAGCAACUCAUUGAAUGUUUCAAUCGCAAAUGAGUUAAUAAUUGAUGGAAAAAACAAGAUAAAUUUAAAGGAAAGUAAUCCAAUACAAGUUAGAACAGAUUUGAUAACAGAAGAGUUACAGCCUGAAAUAAAUUUUGUACAAAAUGAUGAUUUUCAUGAAGAAAUAACAAUUUCUAAAACCGAAGAUCAAUUAAUGUUGAAUAAUCAACAAGAUUUCAUUGAUUUUGAUCCUGAUUCAGUUAGUGAUAAGUCAAUUAAUGAUUUGAAUAAUUCCUCAAAUGAAAAGGAGAAUACAAAUUUAAGUUUAAAUGAAGCGUCACAGCAUGGAACAAAUUUAAAUACUACUGAAAAAAAUUCAUUUGUUGAAACCAAUUAUUUUGAAGAGGUUGCAACAUCUGAUUCUCAAGGACAAUUUGAUGAUCAACAAAAUUUAACCAAUUCAAAUGGUGAUACAGAUUGUAAUAUUUCAAUAGAUAAUGAUCAACCUGAAGAAGUUACAAUUGGUGAUUUUAAGCAACAUAUUAGAACGGAAUUGCAAAAUAGUAUCAACUCUAUAAAUUUUUCAACUACAAAACCAUGUUGUAUUAUUAAUUCAUUUUUUAAAUCAAUGAAUAAAGAUCCACAUCGUGCCACAACAAUUCAAAUCAAAGAUUAUGCGACAGGCAUCGAGAAGAGUGUGACAUUUGAUCAAAGAAAUACUGUAAAUGGACACAACUUAAAUGCUUCUGUAAAACAAGAAACAUUUAAUGAACCUUGUAAUAAUCUUGAUGAUAAUCAUGAUGGUGAUAUCCGAGGCUGUGAAGAAAAUGACAUAUCUAAACUGAAGAAGGAUAGUCAGCAAUCUCAUAAAAUAACUAUUCUUUUAUCUACAAAAUCUGUGACAAGCACCGCUGAUAAUUUAGACAGUAAUCUGAGUUAUACUGUUGAUGAAGUUGGCGACGUCAAAGUUGAAAAUAUGAUGGAAGUAACAGCAAUUUUUAAUUCCGAAGAUAGCUUUAUUAAAAAACAGUCAAGUGAUGUGAUUAAUGAUAAUCAGGCUUUAGAAAAAAGUAAUUUUUCAAAAGUUGAAAGUAAUUCAUCAACUUCUACAACUACUCUGGUAAAUAAUAUAAGGAAAGUUAAUGAUUGUGAAGAUAUAACUAUUACAAAUCUUAUAUCAGAUACAAAUUGUAAUUCAUCAUUAAUAUUAUCAACACCACCACCAAUAACAGCACUAUCAAUUAAUAAAGAGAAAAUGAUUCAUCAUGAUGUGACGGCUAGAACAGAUAUAAUUCCUAAAGAAAACCAUUUAUUAAAUGAGAAUUUUUCUUUCAAAAUAAAUGAAUCAUUAAUACCUACAACUGAGUUGUCAGAAACAAAUACUAAUAGUUAUCUCCCAAGUGACAUUACUGAAGGUUUGAACACAAAUGACUGUUUAAUUUCAAAUGAUAUUUUUAUUGGCCUUGAAACUGAUAAUUUAACCUCAACAACUGAGUCAAUUUCUAUGAAUAUUAAUAACCAACAAAAAAGAUUGACAGAGAAUCUAAUUCCUAAUCUGAACCAUACAUUAAAUGAAAGUUUUCCUUCUGAAACAAGUAAAUCAUUAAUAUCAACAACUGAGUUAUUGGAAAUCAAUACUAACAACUAUCUUCAGAGUGACAUAACUAAAGAUUUGACUUCUUAUGAUUGUUUAACUUCUAAUAAAAAUAUUGAUUAUCUUGAAACAAAUGCUUUAACAACAUCAACAACUGAGUUGAAUAUUAAUGAUCAAGAUUAUACAAUAGAGGUAUCAGAUUUAGCUAAGAAAAUGAAUCAAAAGGAAGUAGAUAUUAAUAAUAGUAAUAUUUGUGCUGAUUAUGAUCAAGAUUUUACAUCAAAUAAUAGUUCAAUAAACCAAAAUAAUGAUCUUGAUACUGGAAGUUCUUCAAGUUCAUCAAUGUCAACUAAGAAAAUGAUAAAUAAAAAGAAAAUUAAAGACCAAAAAAAUAAAGAUAUUGAUGGAGUAGAUCAUGCCAAGAGAGUGAAUACAUCGUUAACUACAGAUUCAAGAAAAAAGGAUAUUCAUAACAAAUACAAACAAACUAAGGGAGAAGAUAAUAUCCAGAAAGUAAAAACAUACUCAACAAACGAGUCAAAACAUAAGGACAUUUAUGAAAAACACAAACAAACUAUAGAUCCUAUUUCAAACAAUAGUUAUGCAUCAAGCCAAAUCGAUGAUCAUGGAACUGGGUGUUCUUCUAGUUCUUCAAUAUCAACAUAUGUAUCUAAGAAAAAUAAUAAAUUUAAAAAUCUUAAAAAUCAUGUUCGAAGAGUAAAAGCAUAUUCAUCAAUAUCAAAAACGAACUUAAAUAUUCAAAAUAAAUAUAAAAAAAGCAAUGCAACUAAAGAAGAUGAUAAUUUAAGAAAACCACAUGAUUAUGAAAAAUACAUUAAAAGCAAGUCAAAGGAUGUAAAAAGUAAUGCUGAUAAAUAUAGUUUUAAUGACGCAGACUAUAAUCAAGGUGUUACUUCUUAUAAUAGUCUUAAUAUUCAUAAAAACGAUCAACCUAAAGCUUGUAGUAUUACGUCCUCAUCAACAUUUACAAAAAAGGCAAAUAAGAAAAUUAAAGAAAAUAAAAGAGAUGGUAAUUUACAGAGAUCAAAAUUAUCAAUUUCAUCAAAGAGGUUUAGCAAUAGGAUUGUUUUUGACAAAUACAGAGAGUCAACUGAAGGUCUGUCAGUUAAUUACUUGAAACAUACUAAAAAUAUUAAAAGGUGGCUCAAAUCUAAGAACUCAUUACAAUUUAAUGAUAAAAAUAGUAUUGAAACUAAUUAUCAAGAAGAUGAUGACUCUAAUGAUCAAACCAAUCAAUCGGAAAUUUUUAGUUCAACAUGUUCACCAACAUCAAUGAACAUGAUAAGUAAAAAAAAUAAAUCCAAACAUUGCGAAAGUGGAAUUUUUGAAGGAAAAGAUGAUAAUUGUAGAUCAAAAACAUCAACAACAACAAAAGAAUCCAACAAUAAGAUACAUGAUAAAUGCAAUAAAUUAACUAAAGAUUUAUCAGUUAAUCAUGUAAGGAAAUUGAAAGUUCAUGAAGAACUUCUUAGCUGUGCAUCUAAGGAUACCUUUGUCAAUAAUAAAGAUAAUUUAGAAGCUGAUUAUCAUUUAAAAAAUGUAAUACCCAACGAAAGUAAUCAUCCUGAACCUUGCAGUUCAACAACAUCAUCAAAUGUAACUAAAGAAAAGAAAACUAAAAAUCUUAAAAAUGAUGUCUCUGAUGGAGAAGAUAAAUCUAGCAGACCAGAACCAUUUGUUACAGAGUCAAGAGGAGAUGAUUUUUGGAGAUCAAGAGCUUCAUCAUCUUCAACAUUUGUUAAUAAUCAUAUAAUACAUUAUGAAUAUUUACAACCAACAGAGAGUCUUUCAGAAAAUUACCUGAAAAGGACUCAAGUUUUUAGAAGUUUGCUUAAGGGUAAAUGUAAGGAUUUAUUAGAAUCUAACGAUGAAAAUAAUGUUGAAGCUGAUUACCAUGAUGAUGAAAUUUCUAACCAACCUCAAGCUUGCAGCACAUCAACUAGUGUGGCAACUAAAAUGAAGAGAAUUAAGGAACAUAAAAAUGAUGAUUUUUAUGUAGAAGAUUGUGACAGAAUAGACAAAGCAUCAACUUCAACAUCAACAACUGAGAGUCUAGAAAGUGAUCAAAAACAUAAGUCAAAAGGGCUUAAAAAAUAUUCAAAGAAAAAGUCAAAUGGAAUAGAUUUAAAUAUUGACAGCAAAGUUAAUGUAGUUGGUGACUCUCAACUAGAUUUAGCUUCCAAUAGUCUUACUUUGAAUAAUAGUAAUCUUUCUGAUACUGCUACUUCAACUAUACAGACAACUGUAUUAAUUAAUAAGAAGAAAAUUAAUAAUUCUAAAAAUAAAGUUACUGAUGGAGUUAACUGUGUCAAAGAAGUGAGAGAGCUAAAAAAAGAUAUUAAAAAGAAAUCACAUGUUGUAGAUAUUCUCCCUGACAAAGAUGAUAAAGUGAUUAAUAACUAUCAACCAAUUCCCAAAUCAAAUAUUUAUCGUACAUCCAAUGGAAAUUGGUCAUGUGAAAGUGCUAGUUCAUCUAAUUCAAUACCUCUAUCAAAUCAUCAAAUAGAAUCUGAUGACGAUACACAUACUACAGAUGAUGAUCAAUAUGUUAAAAACAGAAAAAUUUCUAAAAACAACCAUAACGUUUUUGAUGAUGUAGACCGUAGUAUUUUUGAGGAAUUUGGAUAUGAAAAACAAUAUUCAAGAGCAGCUAAGGUAAAAGCUAACGAAGCAAUAUCACUGAUGAGUAAACCGCUUAUUAACAAAGAUAAGAAAAAUGAUACUAUAAAACGAUUAAAGAAUGGCAAGAAGAGUAAUGAAUAUGAUCCUUGGUAUGGAAUGUUGACACUAGAAGACUACAAUGUCAAGUUGCCCAAGUUUGCUCAAGAAAUAUUAAUUAUAGACAAACACAUGCUUGAAGAUGAUCGCUGUAUAGCAAUCAUACCUUCAUACAUGACCGUGUUCAAAAUUAUAGGAGAUUAUGUAGCUACAACAAAUAAAUGCAUGGAAAUGGCUAUCAUUAUUUUAGAAGCUUUUAACUGUUCAUUGUAUUUGUGGUUGUUGCAUCCACUUGAAAGGCCUAAAUAUGAUUAUGUUAAAAAUAAUAACACCGACAAAUCCAUGUGUCACAUUUAUGGACUUCCUCACUUCCUCAGAUUUAUUAUAAAACUACCCAAACUUUUCCACUUAGUGAAAGAUGUCUUAGAUAGCUUUAUACCUAAUGCGGUUGAAUUUAUCAAAGGAUUACUUUGUUAUAUAGAGGAACAGCAUGAAAAAGAACACUAUAUGGUUACUUAUGAUUCUAUAUUGCCACAUGAAUACAGAAAGGCAUACUAUGUAUAAACUCUUCUAAGAAUAAAACAAUCAACUGUAAAUAUUUGUUGUUCAUUGCACAUACCUAGAUAAUAGUUUAUUACUCUGUAACA